UUUUUUUUUCCGGAGUGAGAAUGCCUGAGGCUGGCUGGACUGUGCUGGCACGGGCGGUCAUUCGAGCGCAGGCUGCGUUGGUCACGACGAGCACGGCGACACUGCUGCUGCUGUUGCUGCCUACCGCGAGUCCAUCGAGCUGCUGUCGUCGCCAGACCUCGCCACGCCAACAUUGCUCAGCCAAGCACAGCGGGAUCAAUUGCAAGCCAAGAUGCAGUUGUACCAAGACCGGAUUGCCCAGAUUGAGGCCGCGCGAUUGGCUGCCAAUACGUCCAACUUGUAUGGUGGAUCGAGCUCUGGCAUGAGCGGCGUUGCGAGCGGUGGCAGCCCACUCUCGUUGACUGGAUUCUCAGCGAGCCCCAUUGGCAGCGGACCCGUCGUCAACGACGAGACUUCGUUCUUCUCGUUGGACUUUCUGCUCGACUCGAUUCCAAAAGGCUCGUCACCCGACCCGCCGCCGCCGUCUCCGUUUCAUCGACCAUAUUGGCUGAUGAGGGUCCUGCUGCGCACCAUGACGACCGGUGGUUAUUUGACCCCGAAGCUCUACGUGCCACGUCAGGUGUGGUUCCAAACAGGUCUCAAGCUAACCAGUGUGUCGUCCAAGUUUAUGAGUUGCGACACGGCGCUCAUUUACCUGUUGAAGAUGGACAAGGAGAAUGUGAAGGACCGAGGCAGCUGGAACAAGCUUGAUAAGGAUCUCGACGAACUGUGCACGAUUCUGGCCAAGGUUCAAAACAACCUCUCGCGCAAGUUGCCCUUCAUUCCAGAAUCGGAUUUGAGUAUUGAAGGCAGCAAACAACAAGGCGUUGUUGCAAAGGGCCUUGGCAGCAUGAUGGAUGGUGUCGUGAAAUCGGUCUCGCGGGCAAAGCACAACAUUCUGAAGGAAAAGAUUGCAGACGACACAAAAUACAUUGACACGGUCAUCCGGCUAUUCGAGAAGGCGAGCUUCUUGGAAGACUGGCUGACUUUCUUUGAGGGGCAAGAGAACGAGCCAACAGCCGAGUCUAUUCUGAACAAGCUCAAGCGCCUGGGCGACUUUCUGUACUUUGUGGUUUGCGCCUUUGUCAUUCGUGACUUUGACAUUUUGCUCCAGCGGUACAUGAAAAAGCUGCGAACGUCCUUCCUUGAGUUUGAGUAGUCCUUUGGUAUGUUUUUGGUCUUGUUGCUUAAUGUUGGGAUGCCGGAUUCGACGAGUGUGCAGUUUUCAUUUCCAUUUUUUUCUUCUCUUUGUCUGUUUGUGAAUCUCUUUUGUUCUGAAUUGUGUAUCAAUCAACAUUUUUUAGUUGUGC